GCCACUGCCUCCCGACGCCCGGCCGCGCGGCCGCCUGCGUCUCUUUCUCCCUCUCUCCUUUGAAAACUGAUCUUUGGCUCUUAGUGUGAAAGUGAUUUGAAUUUGGCUCGGCGGCGCUCUGCGCCUGCGCUCAGCCUCUGGCAUGCUGGCUCCUUCCAAGCAGCUGUUUUGGGUUUGAAAUUCCAACAUGGCAGAGGCUGCAGUCCGUCUUCCCUUCAAAAACUUGGAAUGAUUUCAAAUCAUAGGCACCUUCACUUAACCCUAGCUUCCAUUCAUCAGCAAACACAUCGGAUCGAUGCUACGCUAACCUAUCGGGAGCUCGCUCUGCGCGUCCAGGUUAAAUGAGUACCUGACGAAAGGGCCCACGUUUCAAGGCAGUGACAUUUGAUAGCUGAGAGGAAAAGUGGCUUUAAUGAAAAGCAACCUUUGGAAUUCCUGCUUGUGAGAAAUCCAAUUCAGCUUUUUGUGCUACCAGCAAGAAAUGAUCAGUAGCACCAGUGUUUAUGGCUUGAAGAUGCAGUGGACGCCGGAGCAUGCCCAGUGGCCAGAACAGCACUUUGAUAUCACCUCGACUACUCGGUCUCCCGCCCACAAAGUUGAAGCCUAUAGAGGUCAUUUGCAACGUACCUACCAGUAUGCCUGGGCGAAUGAUGACAUAUCUGCUCUGACUGCAUCCAACCUUCUGAAAAAAUAUGCAGAGAAGUAUUCUGGCAUUUUGGAAGGUCCCGUAGACCGACCUGUACUCAGCAAUUAUUCAGACACACCGUCGGGACUAGUGAAUGGUCGGAAAAAUGAUAGCGAACCCUGGCAGUCUUCCUUGAAUUCAGAAGCCGUUUAUCCUAUGAACUGUGUUCCGGAUGUCAUCACCGCCAGCAAAGCUGGUGUCAGUUCAGCCCUCCCUCCAGUAGAUGUCUCGGCAAGUAUAGGAAGCUCCCCUGGGGUGGCCAGCAACCUGACAGAACCAAGUUACUCAAGUAGUACCUGUGGAAGCCACACAGUACCUAGUCUUCAUGCGGGGCUCCCGUCUCAGGAAUAUGCUCCAGGAUACAACGGAUCGUAUUUGCAUUCUACUUACAGCAGCCAGCCCACACCUGCACUUCCUUCGCCUCAUCCAUCCCCGUUGCAUAGCUCUGGGCUCCUGCAGCCACCACCCCCUCCUCCUCCUCCACCGGCCCUGGUCCCAGGCUACAAUGGGACUUCCAAUCUCUCCAGUUACAGCUAUCCCUCUGCUAGCUAUCCUCCUCAGACUGCCGUGGGGUCUGGGUACAGCCCUGGUGGAGCACCCCCUCCUCCUUCUGCCUACCUGCCUUCAGGAAUUCCUGCGCCUACCCCUUUGCCCCCCACUACUGUUCCUGGCUACACCUACCAAGGUCAUGGUUUGACACCCAUCGCACCCUCUGCUCUGACCAACAGUUCGGCAAGUUCUCUCAAAAGGAAAGCUUUCUAUAUGGCAGGGCAAGGAGACAUGGACUCCAGUUACGGAAAUUACAGCUAUGGCCAACAGAGAUCAACACAGAGUCCUAUGUACCGAAUGCCCGACAACAGCAUUUCAAACUCGAAUCGGGGAAAUGGCUUUGACAGAAAUGCUGAAACAUCAUCCUUAGCAUUUAAGCCAACAAAGCAGCUGAUGCCCUCUGAGCAGCAAAGGAAAUUCAGCAGCCAGUCCAGUAGGGCUCUGACCCCUCCUUCCUAUAGUACUGCUAAAAAUUCAUUGGGAUCAAGAUCGAGUGAAUCCUUUGGGAAGUAUACGUCGCCAGUCAUGAGUGAGCACGGGGACGACCAUCGGCAGCUCCUCGCUCAUCCAAUACAAGGUCCGGGACUCCGUGCAGCUACCUCAUCCAACCACUCCGUGGACGAGCAACUGAAGAAUACUGACACGCACCUCAUUGACCUGGUCACCAAUGAGAUCAUCACCCAAGGACCUCCUGUGGACUGGAGCGACAUAGCUGGUCUUGACCUGGUGAAGGCGGUUAUUAAGGAGGAGGUUUUGUGGCCAGUGUUGAGGUCAGAUGCGUUCAGUGGGCUGACAGCCUUACCUAGGAGCAUCCUUCUCUUUGGACCUCGGGGUACAGGCAAAACACUAUUGGGCAGAUGCAUAGCCAGUCAGCUGGGGGCCACGUUUUUCAAAAUUGCUGGUUCUGGACUCGUUGCAAAGUGGCUAGGAGAAGCGGAGAAAAUUAUCCACGCCUCUUUUCUUGUGGCCAGGUGUCGCCAGCCCUCGGUGAUUUUUGUUAGUGACAUUGACAUGCUUCUCUCCUCUCAAGUGAGUGAGGAACACAGUCCAGUGAGUCGGAUGAGAACCGAAUUUCUGAUGCAGCUGGACACUGUACUGACUUCGGCUGAGGACCAAAUCGUAGUCAUUUGUGCCACCAGUAAACCAGAAGAAAUAGACGAAUCUCUCCGGAGGUACUUCAUGAAAAGACUUUUAAUCCCACUUCCUGACAGCACAGCGAGGCACCAGAUAAUAGUACAACUGCUCUCACAGCACAAUUACUGUCUCAAUGACAAGGAGUUUGCACUGCUCGUCCAGCGCACAGAAGGCUUUUCUGGACUAGACGUGGCUCAUUUGUGUCAGGAAGCAGCAGUGGGUCCUCUCCAUGCUAUGCCAGCUACAGACCUUUCAGCCAUUAUGCCCAGCCAGUUAAGGCCCGUUACAUAUCAAGACUUUGAAAAUGCAUUCUGCAAGAUUCAGCCUAGCAUAUCUCAAAAAGAGCUUGAUAUGUAUGUUGAAUGGAACAAAAUGUUUGGUUGCAGUCAGUGAUAACAUCUUUAAAAAAAAAUGUAAUGAAUGUUGGCACACACAUAAAACCUGCUCCAUAGGGAAUAGAGCCCCUUUCCAGUAGUGUUUCAAUGGCUAAGGGUACUGGGGAAGACAACGGUUAUGUUGCAUCUUUAGAGUCAGGGUAGCUUUGGAGGAAGCAGGCCUCAGAUGAGAGCCUGUGAUUUGGAAGCCCCAGCUGACAGAAAGCAUAUACAAUGUGGAUGCUCAGAUCGGUUCAAGCUAGACAACGCUCACCGAGAAGCGAGGUGCAAGCGUGUUGAUUUCAGAAGGACAUGAACCUCGUGUGUUGAUUCCAUUCUGCUGUUCUCGAGAUUUAGUUGCUGUCAAGUGCCUGGAGUGGUACUUUAUUUUUUUGUUUGCCUCACAAUUACAUUGGUGGCAUGUGCUAAUAUAAAGAGCUUUAACUUCAAACAUUAUUGGACUAAAGAGAUGAACGGUUGUGUUACAACAGAAAACCAGAUUUUUUUGGCCAUUUUAAGAGCAACAGUAUUCCUCAAUCCUGUCUGUUCUGCAGUGUUAGCUAAGAACAGGUAAAACAGGGUAACGGUAAUCUGGACCUUAAUUUCUGCAGUUCAUUUCUUUUAAUGUUCUUGUCUGCAAAAACUCAGGAAAGUGAUUGUGAUUUGUACAGUACCUCAAAGGAAUGUGUUAAAAGCACUAUGUACUGCUGAGAGUAAUAGGGUAGGCUUCAAUGUUACUUUAUAUUAAAAUGUAUGUUUACCUCAACAAUUGGAGAAUAGCAAGGAAAAUUACUUUGAAUGUAUCCAGAAAAAGAAAAGAAAAAUACUGAAGUGUGAUACAACUGAAUAUUUAAGGUUUAAAAGUAGAGGUGGAAGGAUUUUUUUUUAAAGUUUUCUUACUAAUUAUGGGGAAUUAUUAACCAGAGCAGAACAGUUACUGAAGAGUUCUUAAUGCAUUGCUCUCCUUGAGGAUUAAGUGGAAAUGUUCAUAGAAGUUACACUGGUUAAUUGAAAAGCUGUGUCUUCAGUUCGUGUUGGUGUUUAGAGCAGUCAGCUGCAGACCUGUUUAAGAUCCUGAAAGUGACAGAACCUACAAACUAUAACUGCCUUCUACUGCCGUGGUGGUGGUGGAGGAGGUGGUGGUGGUGUUUUGGAAGCUCUCUCUUAAACUGCUAGGGAAAGCAUCUCUCCUAUUCACUCAGAGUUUCUAGGCUUGCAGAGCUGUUUCACAGAAAGCAGAGGAUAGAACCAAAUCAAACAUGCAAACUUUAAAAAAAAAAAAAAAAAGCAACCAACCACAUGUCUCGGCAGAGAACCCCCACACGUCCCCUCUCCCAUGCCUCACCUUGACUUCACUCUUCAGAGUGCACUUUCGCUUCUCAUCUUCAACCCCCCUCCCCCACCCCAUCCCCCCCAACCCCCGGCUGUAGAACUACGUUCAUUUCUACCUCAGUUCCGUUACGUUUCUUUUGGAAAGUCAAGUGAGAAGUUAGACGUGGACAUGUAUACCACAGUAGAGCUUGCCAAAUGUGGAGACUUUCGUGUCCUGUUGUGUUUUCUUCCAUCUUUUGUCUGCUUUCCCAAUACCCCAGUCUUUAUGCGUUCUUUCACCCCUGAGGACUACCACACGG